AUGGGUGAAUCCAGACAAGAAUUGCUGGCAUGGCUCAACAGCCUGCUGCAGCUGAACCUUACCAAGAUUGAGCAGUGUGGAACUGGUGCUGCGUUAUGUCAAGUUUUUGACUCUAUCUUCAUGGAUGUUCCCAUGUCACGAGUCAAGUUCAACGUCAACACUGAAUACGCCUACCUCCAGAACUUCAAAGUCCUCCAGAAUGUCUUCGCCCGCCAUCAGGUCGACAAGCCCAUUCCCGUCCAGUCCCUCACAAAGUGCCGCAUGCAGGAUAACCUGGAGUUCCUCCAGUGGGUGAAGAAAUACUGGGACCAACACUACCCCGGUGGAGAAUAUGAUUCCGUAAGCCGACGCAAGGCUUCCGGCGCGCCUGCCCCCGUCAGUCGCCCAGCUCCUACCUCCCGUGCCCCGUCUUCACAAAGCGCUCGUAGCGGUGUGACCUCGACUGGCGCAACUCGUCCCCGCGUCGCCGGCGCUGCCACUGGAGCCGCAACCGCAGCCCUGCAGACAGAGAUUGCGACACAGAAGGAAGCCAUUGCCGGUCUGGAGAAGGAGCGCGACUUUUACUUUGCCAAGCUUCGCGAUAUUGAACUUCUGCUGCAAAGCGCCAUUGAGGAAGAUCCUGAAUUGGAGAAGGAGGAGGACACGCUUGUUAAGCACAUCCAGGGCAUUUUGUACUCAACCGAGGACGGAUUUGAGAUCCCCGCUGAAGGGGAGGAGGUUGUGGCUGAGGACCUCGAGACUUUUUAA